AUGAGAGGUUUGACGGAUGCUGCUAAGCAUCAGCGGGUUAACGAGGCGCUGUGUUCAUCCCCAGGUGUAGUGUGUAGGAUAUUUUUGGAAGCAUCGGAGAAGCGCUUUUGGGGAACACUAAAAGCGCUUCUCGAUACAUUAUGCCUCCUCUCGCUUCCUCCUCCUCCUCCUCCUCCUCCUCCAGUUUCUAUCUCCUUACUCCCUCAUUCCUCCCGUCCCCUGUCCAUCCUUCCCAUAAGGUCUUUCGGGCCCACACUCCUCCUCCCUCUUUCUCCUCCUCCUCCUCCUCCUCCCAGUCAAUAUGAUCAUAUUUCCCCCUCCUCCUCCUCCUCCUCCUCCUCCCCUCCUCCUCCUCCAGAGGCUUCUCUUUUUCCCGAAAGGCCGUUUUCAGAAGACGAUGACGAAGACGACCCGGAUAACUCGGAAGACAUUAUUCCUAAUAUUGGUAUUAUCGAUAAGGCAGCAGACCACCGUCGCCUCCGCCUCUUAGAGGCCCUACACAUCGGAGGAGAGACCCGCCUUAGCACCUCAAGAGACUUCACUCCUCCCGACGGUGGCACUGAGGGGGAGGGGGAGAGCGACAUCGAAGGCGAGUCGAGUGAAACCUCCUCCGCCGGCGGCGGUGUCAGAGGAGGAGGAAGAAGAUCCGACGGCCAAUAA